AUGUGGCAGUUAUAUCUUGUCUGUGGAAGCUUUCUUGGAAUAGAUUUGAUUAUUGUGAAAUGGAUUUAUUUUUAUUAUCUAAGUCUCUUGAAAAACUCAGGAAGACCUCAGCAUAACUCUUGUGAUCCUUGGAGUAAUUUUUUUUUUAUAAUGAAGAUCUUAAAAUACUAUAGAGUUUCCAACAUUCAAAGGAGUUGAAAUUAUGACCCAGUAUGCAGCUCAGGAUACAUUAGCAAGUGUGAAAGAUAUUUUCAAAAAUAAUAGGAAGUAUUUCCUCAAAGGUAGUGAGAGAUCAGUAGGCUGAUUCUUCACCGGUUCAUGGAGAAGAGACAACUUGGAAUUCAUCAGCCUUGGGAAACAGAUCAGCAUUUGGGAUCAAAAGAUUAGGAUGAGAAGUCCUAGAAAAAUUGGAAUAUGCUCUGGAGAGAAGGAAUACCCCUCUAAUUAGAACUUAAGUCCACUGAAGUAUAAAAGGAGAAAAAGCAGAGGUAAAAAAUACCAACUAAAACAAGCACUUCCAAAUAUACCACAGAAGAAAGAAGAUUGCAUCGGAAUCACUGAGAAUCACUAUUUUGGUAAAAGGCGGACCUGCGUGCAGCUUCAAGUCUAAAACUAAGGUCAUGAAGAGAACUUGUAGAACGGCUUCCUGUGGGACCAAUAACAAGAGUGGAAAUCGAAAGCCACGCCCACAGGAUGGCCGACACUUAAAUCCCACCUCCACCUCGAACUCGGUGCUCGCUGUUGUGUUUCCUCAGGCGGUCACCAUGGAAACAGUGUCAGAAAAGUUCCUUCCCGUUCAGAAGGAGGGUUCGGGUAGAUCGGGACUAUUUAAUAAAGAGAAAAUGAAUGAAAAGAAAGAUGCUGAUUUGAUGGAAAGUGGAGAAUAUGAAGAUGACUUUGAAAAGGAUCUUGAAUGGUUAAUUAAUGAAGAAGAAAAAAGCCACGUCAGCAGUGUUGAGAUAUGUAGUGAAAAGGAAGAAAUUACUCAUGAAGAACUGAAAGAGAAUGAAAAAGGAGGCGAGGAUAUAAAACAGCUUCCUGAUCCUGAGAAGUUAUCAAAGGAGGAACUGUCACCAAGACGAAAUAACUUCAUUUCAGUACCUAGCAUUCAACCUUUGGAUCCUGUAUCUGAUUCAGAUAGUGAAAACUCAUUCCAAGAAAACAAGAUAGAAAGCCAAAAGGAUCUGGAUGAGGAUGAGGAUGAGGAAGUAAAACGAUACAUUAUGGAAAAGAUUGUAACAGCCAACAAGAUUUUGGAGAAUCAAGAACCUGUAAAUGAAAAGAGAGAAAGAAAACUUAAAUUCAAGGAAAAGUUAGUAGAUCUGGAAGUUCCACCACUGGAAGACACAGAAACCUAUAGAAAUGAUUAUGAAAAUGAGAGAGAUGUGUCUGGAAAACUGUCACAGCUGCGUAUUUCUGGUGAACUUAGACCAGAGAAUGUGCUCCUUUCACUGUCUAAUGGCAAUAGUGAAGAAUAUAAGGAUGGAAAGAUACUGGUAGAGAGAGAUGGGAAGUUUGAGCUUCUGAGUUUACAAGACAUUGAGAGCCAGGGCUUUUUGCCUCCCAUUAAUGUUAACAUUACUGAGAUUGAAAACCAGCAGUUAUCACCUCGAUCUUCCAAUUCAGCUACCAAUGGGAUGAUUGGGAUUAAAAAGGAAGACCUAGUUAAGUCACAUGUUAUCGCUCACACAUCAACAGGGGAGCCGGUGGUUUAUUUUCCACAACCGCCACCCAAUCCCAAAUACCGGCCAAGCUCCGCAGUUAACACAAGAAGAAGCAAAGGGAAUGGGAAAUCUAGCCGCAGAGUACAAUCUGCAAACAUAUCACCAAUAAACUCAACAUACUGCCUUUCACCUCGACAGAAAGAACGUCAGAAACAAAUCGAAUUAAGGAAAGAAAAACUAAAGAGAGAGGAAGAACAGCGGAAAAGAGAAGAGGAGAAAGAGAAGAAAAAAGAGAAUGAAAUGGUGUUUAGAGCCUGGUUACAAAAGAAAAAAGAACACUUUAUGGAAAUGAGGAGAAUUCAGAGGGCAAAGGAAAUGGAAGAUAUGAAUAGCAGACAAGAAAACAGAGAUCCCCAGCAAGCUUUUAGAUUAUGGCUUAAAAAAAAGCAUGAAGAACAGAUUAAAGAGAGACAGAUUGAAGAACUGAGGCGACAAGAAGAGUGUCUUUUUUUUCUUAGAGGGGCAGAAGGCCGUGACAGGGCAUUUAAACAAUGGCUAAAAAGAAAACGAAUAGAGAAGCUGGCAGAGCAGCAGGCUGCUAAAGAGAGAGCCAGGCAGCUGCGCGUUGAAGCUCGGCGAUCAAAACAGCUACAGAACCUCCUGUACAACAUUUCAGAAAGCAAGCCCUUUCGUUUCACUGAUCAUUACAGUUGAAGGUUCCUGUUUACACUGGAUUCUUAAAUCGAUAGCCAGGGUUCCCUCACAGCGGUGGAUUCUCAUUCCUUGUUGUGGUCUGUGUGCUUUGGUCCUAUCCCAAAUGAUGGAAAAAUAUACUCAUCCUUCGGUGACAGUGAAUUUAUCUAUUUUUUAAAAAUCCUAGAACUGAAUAAAUGCCUUUUAUUUCACUGUUGUAAAGUAUUCCAUAUGCAUUGUUUCAAACAAAUGGAAAACAAAAUGAAUAAAAUCUGUUUUCACUACUUUUAA